AUGUCCGAUGUGCGACGAGAGGGUUCAAGCUCGCCGCCGCGCAAGCGGCAACAGCCAGAGGAAACGGAAACAGUUGCCACUGAGGCGGAGCAGCUACUGCCUGUAGCCGGUGGCCAAGAGGAUGAGCUAAGCGAGCGACUGCGCAAGAUUCUGGUGUGCACUGUUUGCCUGGAGCUGCCGCAUCCGGAGGAGAGCUACCAAUGCCGACUGGGGCACAUUGUGUGCGAGAAUUGCGCAACGCGUUUGCUGGCGGAUGCGGCAAUGCAUUACCAGGAGGCGCAGUGUCCGCAGUGCCGCACUGGGAUCAGCUGGCAGACGAUGACGCAGAAUCUGGUGGUGGGCCAGACGCUGUGGGAGCUGCCCAAGAGCUGCAGCGAGUGCGAGCAGCAGAUGGAGUACAAGUUUCUGGAGCGGCACAUGCGCGAGCAGUGCGGCAAGCGUCGCGUGCAGUGCGAGUAUCGCUGCUUGGGCUGCAGCUGGGAGUGCUGGCAGCAGCAGCGCGAGCAGCAUCAGCAGCAAUGCGCCACACUGAGCAUGUCGGGCGAGGAAAUAUUGAGCAAGCUGCAAGCUCGAGACAAGCUGGAGCAGCUCGAGAGUCUAAACUUGCGGCAGUGCAUCUAUCAGAUUAGCGCCCAGCGCAUUUACUACUGCGAUGUGCAGCUGCGCUGGCCCGUGCGCAACAUACGCAUGAGCAACGAGCUGAGAUUCGUGACGUCCGAGCUGACGGCGUUCGAGGAGUCCUGGAGUCUGCGCGUGCGACUGCUGCUGGGCGAGAACGCGGAUCAGCUGCGCUACAAGCUGAAGCUGGUGAGCAUGCCGCGUGGGACGCUCCACGUCAAAUACUUUGCCACACUGCCGCUGCUCUGUGUGCACAGCCGCAAGCAGCUGCAGGAUGUGGAUCAGCAGCUCUGCGAGAUGCGCUACGAGCGCGCCGGGCAGGCGUCCCCGUUUCAGCAGCUGCCCAUGCGUCAUCACAUGGCUGCGUAUCGCUUGCUGGCCAUGCCCAGCAUUUGCCUGCGCGUCUGGAUAACACUCAAGUAG